AUGACGGACGCAUUCUCCCAAGCAAGCAGGCGGUUGAGUCAGAUCAAGGAUUCCAUCAUGGGUAAAGUGGCCACCACCAUUCCCUUCGACCCGGAGUCGACCUCGUUCCCAACCCGCAAGAACCUCCCCAAGAUCGUGGGCGCGCCCGACGAGGCCGCCUGGGUUUGGGGCAAGGACGACUACGUUGGGCGGCUGAAUUUGCUGACGCCCACGCGCGUCAAGGCCGCCGCCUCGCAGGAGAUCCGCACCGGGGAAAUGGCACGACUAGAUCUGCCCCUGGACGUGCCGCUGCAGCCAGCGUUUGGGCGGCAAAAGUUUGAGCACAAGAUCGUGGCCAUCGCCGAGGGCAUCUCGUACGACGACAUCUACCACAUGAACACGCAGUCCGGCACGCAGUGGGACGGGUUCCGGCACUUUGCGCACAUCGCCACCCAGACCUUCUACAACAACACGCACAAGGACGACAUCAUGGGCCCGACGGCCAACGACCACAAGUGCAGCAUCCACCACUGGUCCGAGCACGGGUUUUCCGGGCGUGGCGUCCUGCUCGACUACCGCUCGUACGCCGACAGCGUGGGCAUCAAGUACGACACGGCGACGUCGCACGCCAUCAGCUACGACGACCUGGUCGCGUGCGGCAAGCACCAGGGGCUGGACAUCCGCCCCCAGGCCCAGGGCGGCGACCUCAAGAUCGGCGACAUCCUGCUGAUCCGCUCCGGCUGGGUCGAGGACUACUACAAGCGGGCGCCCGAGGACCGCGACCGGCUCGCCCUGCGCCACGGCCCCGACGCCCAGUGGUGCGGCGUCAAGCAGGAGGAGGCCGUCAAGGACUGGUUGCACGACUGCUACUUUGCCGCCGUGGGCGGCGACGCCCCGGCCUUUGAGCGCUGGCCCACCCCGGAGAGCUACUACCUGCACGAGUUCAUCAUCGCCCUGUGGGGGAUGCCGCUCGGCGAGAUGCUCGACCUCGAGAAGCUGAGCCAGCUGUGCAAGAAGAACAAGCGUUGGACCUUCUUCUUCAGCAGUGCCCCCUUUAACUGCCACGGCGGCGUGAGCAGCCACGUCAACGGCACUGCGAUUUUCUGA